CACCAAAGUGAAAGAAGUUCCCAACUACUACCUAUAAAAUCUCUAUUUGCUUCUACCCUGUUGGAGGUUCUUCAUCUGUCUGGAUUUCUUGGCCUUCAACCAUGUCUUCCGUCAAAGACCCUCGUGUCAUCACCUGCAAAGCUGCGGUUGCUUGGGGACCUGGAGAGCCUCUGAUUUUAGAGGAAGUGGAGCUGGACCCUCCGCAUCCAAUGGAGAUUCGUAUAAAGGUCGUCUGCACCUCACUUUGCCGGAGUGACAUAACACAAUGGGAAUCUAAGGCAAAUGCUCCUUUAUUUCCUCGGAUAUUUGGCCAUGAAGCAUCAGGAAUUGUUGAAAGCACAGGAGAAGGAGUGACUGAAUUUAAGGAAGGUGACCAUGUGCUGACGUUGUUCACUGGAGAAUGCAGGACAUGCAGACAUUGUAAGUCUGAUAAAAGUAACAUGUGCCAAGUAUUGGGGCUGGAAAGGAGAGGUUUGAUGCAUAGUGAUCAGAAAACCCGUUUCUCAACAAGAGGGAAACCCAUCUAUCACUAUUGUGCUGUUUCAAGUUUUAGUGAAUACACUGUAGUGCAUUCCGGAUGUGCUGUUAAAAUCAGCUUAACAGCUCCACUAGAGAAAAUUUGCCUGCUUAGUUGUGGAGUUGCUGCAGGUCUAGGUGCAGCUUGGAAGGUUGCAGACAUAUCAGAAGGAUCAAAUGUAGUAAUUUUUGGCCUUGGUACUGUAGGUCUUUCUAUUGCUCAAGGCGCUAAAUUAAGGGGGGCAUCUCGAAUAAUUGGUGUGGAUACCAAUCCUGAAAAGCAUGAAAAGGGAAAGGCUUUUGGGAUUACGGAUUUUAUCAAUCCUGAUGACUGUAAUGAACCUGUUUCCCAGGUUAUUAAGCGUAUUACUGAUGGAGGUGCCGACUAUUCUUUUGAGUGUGUUGGUGACACUAGCAUGAUUACUACAGCAUUGCAAUCAUGUUCUGAUGGUUGGGGUUUGACUGUUACUCUUGGUGUACCAAAAGUGAAACCUGAGGUCACAGCACAUUAUGGACUACUACUUUCAGGAAGAACCCUAAAAGGCUCUCUAUUUGGAGGAUGGAAACCCAAAUCUGAUCUUCCAUCUUUAGUGGACAUGUAUUUAAGAGAGGAAAUCCAAAUUGAUCAGUUUAUCACACACAAUCUACAAUUUGAGGAUAUAAACAAGGCAUUUGACCUGAUGAGGCAAGGGAAAUGUUUACGGUGUGUGAUACACAUGCCACACUAAUAUUUAUGAAGGUUUGAGGAUCUUCAAUGCUGUCAAGAGUGAAUUAAAAUGUCUAGUUCUCAAGCCAAAAGGUGUUCAAUUGGUAAACUAUCUAUGGGGGAGACUAAUGUUGGAGGAGGCCAUCACAUUGUUAUAUAUGAUGGAUUUCUUGAUUGAUCAUCAUUGAAGGGCUUGGGCAAAGAAGAUGCAAUCUCCUGUGAUUAUUUAAGAAAUUUCAGUUGUAAUUUCUAUGUGAGUUUCUAGUGGUUGGAGUUUUCUGAAAUACACUUGGAUCUCUUUGAUGUUAUACUGAAAUUACCUUACCUUUUACUGGAACUAGACCUUUCUUUGGUCGUUCUUGGUAGUUCAUUGUGAGUGGUAUGUAGUCUUUUCUUUGUGUCCAGUUUGGAAAAUAAAUUUAUUUGCAUUCCAUGCAACUUCAUACAA